UAUGGCCAAAAUCAUUCCUACUCCUUGGUCGAAUGAAAAUUACGAGAAGGACAUUGUCGACGCGUUAGUAUGGAGCAAAUGGAUAUUGCGAGUCCUCGGGAUCUGGCCGUUGGUGUUUCCGGAUACUUCGAGGUUCGAGAAGAUCCUAGCAACGAUUUCUUUCGCAUUGUGUUGGUCCGCGCUCAGUUUUCUUUUGAUACCUAUGGCCAUCUUCACUCUCUCGGAUCGGACCGUGAUGAAUGAUAAGAUGAAGAUGCUGGGCCCACUCGGCUAUGUGCUUACUUCGAUGCUAAAAUACUUGUUUCUAGUGAUUCGUCAUAAAAAUAUUCGACGGUGCAUUCACGUUUUGAGUAUCGAUUGGCGUGCGGUUCAGCAAAAGGACUACCGAAUGAUCAUGAUAAAAGAGUCAACGAAAGGACACGUGCUAUCAAAAUUCUGUGUAGCGUUCAUGUAUUGCGGAGGUUUGUCUUAUCACAUCGUGAUGCCGUUCUUGUCACAAAGGCCCGAAGGCGAACAGAAUGUCACCAUCGGUCCGGUACCAUAUCCCGGUUUCGACAUUAUUUUCGAUCUACACUUCGUGCCGUCUUACGUGUUUGUCUUUUGCGCACAAUGCUUCUCCGGAAUUGUAAUGUUCAACGUCACCACGGCGGUAUGUUGUUUGGCUGCCAUGUCCGUGGCUCAUGUAUGUGGCCAAAUCGAGAUUGUGAUGGCGCGAGUGGAAAAUCUCGUGAAGAGUGUGCAAAGUAAUCCAAGAACGACUUCCGAGCAUCGUAUGGCAAUCAUUGUGAAGCACCAUGUGCAGAUAUUAAGAUUUUCGGCCAGCAUCGAGAAUAUCUUGAGUGAAAUAUGCCUAGUAGAAGUUGUGGGAUCAACAUUGAUAAUAUGCUUGUUAGAAUAUUACUGCCUCACGGAAUGGCAAAACAGUGAUACCAUUGCAAUUCUGACAUAUUUUUUUCUAUUGAUGUCAUUCGUCUUCAAUAUAUUCAUGUUUUGUUACAUCGGUGAGCUACUGACGGAUCAGUGCGGCAAAGUGGGAUAUACUUCGUACAAAAUUGAGUGGUAUCAUUUACCGGGCAAAAUUGCACUCGAUCUCAUGUUGAUCAUCAGCAUGUCUCACCAUCCGAUAAAAAUUACCGCCGGGAAAUUAAUCAGCCUCUCGUUCUCUAGUUUUGGUAACGUUUUAAAAACUUCAGUUGCGUAUCUAAACUUGCUGCGAACUGUUGUUUAAUACAUGCCUGAAAGAUCUGAUUUAUUCCUACCAUAAUAACAACAGAUAAAUUAACUU